AUGACAACCACCAUAACGCAACCAGUUGAAUCAAAAGUACGACUAACUCCAUUACGGAAGCAGAUUUUGGAGUUGGAGAAAACUUAUCCUGAUUGUGUAUUACUGGUCAGAGUCGGGGAAUUUUACGAGCUUUACGACCAUAAUGCAGUGGAGUAUGGCCAUCUGUUGGGCCUCAAAGUAGUCUCAAAGGCAUUUGGAGGGCAAGUUGUACCUUUCACUGGUUUUCCAAUACGACAACUUGAUCGUCAUCUUGAGACUCUUGUUGGUAAACAUAAUCUUAAAGUCGCGCUCUGCGAACAAUACCAAGGAGACCAUCAGCAUGGAGGGAGUAGUCGAUCAUUCCGCCGUUCAGUUUAUCGUAUCGUGACUCCAGGAACACUAAUUGAUGAACAAUUUUUGGAUCAAGGCGAAAACAAUUGGCUUUUGGCUGUAGCUACAGAGAAAACAAGUCGCUUCUUAGGGCUUUCCUGGCUUGACCUCUCCACCGGUGACUUCUUCACACAGGAAACUACUUUUGACAGCUUUGGCAAUGAUCUAGCUCGUAUUCGGCCACGUGAAAUCAUCUUAAACUCAAAUCUGCGCAGAGACCCGGAACAUCCGGUACUGCAGACUAUCCAAAAGAUGGGGAAAUUCGUUAUAGACUUUGAGGACAUGCGAAGUGCGGCCCAGAUGGCAGCGCAAGUCGAGAAUGAAAUCCUCAAAGAGGCAGAAGAACAACUUGGCUUCAAUCCACAGUAUCUCAGAUCUUUCUCUAAUCGAGAGCAGUCAGCAUGUUUGUCCAUCUUGAGAUAUGUUAACCAUACACAAAUGGGAAGGCGACCAGUAGUGCAGCAGCCAACCAAAUGGCAAGAUGACUCAAUUAUGAAGAUUGAUAAGAACACAAUCGAGGCGCUAGAAUUGGUCAGAACAUUGAGAGACGCUUCCAGGACAGGAAGCUUGCUCUACCAUCUGGACAAGACAAAGACUAAAGCAGGAUCUCGAUUACUAGCCAGCUGGUUGACUUCACCUUUAACCAACGUUGACAAAAUCAAUAAUCGCUUGGACAUGGUCGAAUUCUUUGGUCAAGAUAGCCACUUAAUCCAUGAUAUUGAGGUCUAUUUGACACAGUGCCGAGAUGCACAACGUGCCAUCCAAAAACUAUCUCUUGGACAGAUCGACCCACAAGAUCUAGUUGCCAUUCGAACUACACUCGAAGCGCUUCAGAAAAUCAAGCUUCGGCUGUCAGAUAAGAUAAUGCUUGAACAAAGUAUUAGAAAGCAUCCUAUCGAACAAAGUCUAAGCAACGCUUCUAUACCAGUCCUCGUCCAGGAAACCGUAGACAAUAUCUGUGGGCUGGAACAUAUCUGCAAAUUGAUUAGAGAUGUGGUGGAUGAAAAUAUGGGACAGCAGAGCCAAGAAUAUGGGUUCAUCAAUCAAGGUGUGAGUCCAACUUUAAACAAUCUUCAUGAUGAGCUUAAAAGCCUGAAGUCCCAAAGAACAAAAUUAUUGGCGUCAUGGACUGAUUAUCUAGGCGGGGCGCGACCGUUUGAAAUCAAGUCGUCCUUUGGAUAUCGACAUGUGGUCGAAAUGAGGAGUACUAUUACUGCGGAGCGCUUGAAGGCUCUCAUGGAAGGACAUGUUGUAGAUGUGUCCCACACAGAGCAGAAGCGGUCCAGAGUGAGAUAUCAAGUACCAGCAUUAUCUCAAAUCAUGGAUGCUAUUGAGAAACUGGAAUUUCAAAUCGUCCAAGAAGAGAAGAGUAUUCUUAGUGCCACGCGCUCAGAAAUUCUAGAGGAGAGUACAGCCAUUGUACAGAACUGCCGAUAUAUCGCACAGUUGGAUGUCCUUGUGUCAUUUGCCAAGAUGAUGCUUGAGCGUCGUUAUGUUCGUCCUACUCUGAACAGCAGGUUAGAAUCGGUUGUUAUCUCGGGUCGUCACCCCGUAGUAGAGCUGGCGCUACAAAGCGAAGGUCGUCAAUUCGUAGAAAAUAACUGCUCGGUUGGUCAGAACGAACUGAUCUGGCUAUUGACUGGCCCCAACAUGGGUGGCAAAAGCACGUUCUUACGUCAGAAUGCCAUUCUGACAAUCAUGGCCCAGAUGGGAAGCUUUGUACCCGCUUUCAGUGCUCGCCUUGGCAUUGUCGAUAAAGUAUUCAGUAGACUUGGGGCAUCUGACAACCUUGCUAACUCGCAGUCAACGUUUAUGGUGGAAAUGUCAGAGACAGCGUCGAUCCUACAGCACGCUACUGAACGAUCACUUGUAAUCAUGGAUGAGGUGGGCCGUGGUACUGCAACCUUGGACGGAUGUGCCAUUGCUUAUGCUACGCUGCAUCACCUUUACCAUGUUAACAGGUGCAGGACCCUGUUUGCAACACAUUAUCAUGAGCUCGCUGAUAUGGUUGAGCCCCUGGAGCGUGUACGAUGCUACCAAACAACGAUAGAAAGGCAAGAUGAUGGAUCAUUUGCUUAUAUCCAUCAGGUUAUUCCAGGAGUAUGCCGCAAGUCCCAUGGAAUUCAUGUAGCACGCUUAGCAGGUAUGCCCACGAGUGUGAUCAAAAUAUCCGAGAAGACAUUACAAUUGCUGCAGGAAGACGAUAAGCAAAUCAAUAAAUAA